AUGAGGGCCGCCAUUCACGAGUACGUAUUGUAUUGCCCGUCGUCCAGCUCUGUCACGGAGAAUCCGCCGGGAAUCCACUUGGCCGCGGACGCACUCGCUGUCCAUCCAAUCGUGUACGAUUUGGAUUGCUGGCUUCCUACUGAACAGGAUUGUGCGCUUCCGCAGUUCAUGUUCUCCUGGUCUGGCCAGGGUUUCCGUCGCCGACCUUCAUGGACUUCUCCUGCCACUGGGAUCAGCGGCCGAACUGCCGUUCCUCCAGUGAAGUGA